GAUAUGGGAGGAAUAGUUGACAGCGCACCUCGGAGCCUUUAUGCAACACAGCUACAAUGUAAUGGACUUUUAAUUUCAAAACUCAUUUAAAAGAGUUGACAAGCCGGUGCAGCAACAACAUAUUACAUUAAACUAACCGCUGACCAUUGAUGGUGUCAUUUGAUAAACAUUGUUUCUGUCAAGCUUAACGUUACGGACAUCAACAAUCUUGCGCGAUCCUAGUAGCUGUAAAGCUAGCUAUCUAACGUUAGUCAGUUAACGUUAGCUUCUCCCCGGCUAUUUUUAGUGCAAUUAAGCAGCUAUUUCCAGACCAAGGCGUCACCCUCUUACGACCUGUAAAGUCAUUAUUGUCUCCCAUGAUCUCGUUAAGUUAGCUAAUCAUUUGUACAAAAUGUCAACGACAUCGUUGGAUAAGGAAUUGCAAGAGCGCUUGAGAGAGGCGUCUGCGAUUGGAGACAUCGACGAGGUGCGGAUUUUAGUGGAAAGCGGAGUAAAUGUCAACUCUCAAAACGAAAUAAACGGAUGGACAUGUUUGCAUUGGGCAUGCAAGAGAAAUCACAAACCGGUUGUGUCGUACCUGCUGAACUCUGGCGCUGACCAAGAGAUCCUCACUGCUAAAGAUGAGCUGGCUGUCCAGCUGACCUCUAAGCCUGAAAUCAGAAGACUGUUAGGAGUUGAGGAGGAGGAAGUGCCUGAAAUCAAGGAGCCUGAGUUGCCAAUCAUCCCAAACUACCUGUCCAACCCGCCAUUCAUGUACAGUAAGAUGGACAACAAGGCUGAGCUCAUAUUGGCACAGUUGACCCAAAAUGGCAAUGGAGACCACUCAUCAGAUGACCCACACAGUGACUCAGCUUCCCUGUCGCCCACCCAUGAGCAACAGCUGCCUCAGCAACCGCAGAGCCUACUCUCUGACACCCCGAGCCCGAGGGAGGGGGCCUUCAUCCCAUUGGCGCAGCAGAACGGAGUGUCGCCGAGCCCCGCCUCGUCUCUCACCGUCAACGGAGGCCUGCCUAUGGACAUCUCCAUGGAGCCCCACCUGGUCAACCAUGGGGAGUACCCACACUCGGUGGCCCAUAAUGGGGCUGUGUGCUCUCCUCCCCUGCCCUCCCCCAGCCCCAGCACCACCAGCAGUAGCAGCCAAGCCCAGGUGGCUAACGCUAACCCAUCUAUGACCCGGCAGCAGUCCCUCCCUCAGCAGCUCAACUGUGGCCAGGGUGCUGGGGGUAACAUGCCUGCCUUCCAGCCUUUCUUCUUUACCAGUACAUUCCCUGUCAAUGUGCAAGAACUGGUCCUAAAGGUGCGCAUCCAGAACCCCAAUGCGCGGGAGAACGACUUCAUCGAGGUGGAGCUGGACAGACAGGAGCUGACCUACCGCUCGCUGCUCCGGGUGUGCUGUCGCGAGCUGGACAUCAGCACCGAACACGUGGAGAAGAUCCGUAAGCUACCCAACACCAUGCUACGAAAGGACAAAGAUGUGGCUCGGCUGCAGGACUUCCAGGAGUUAGAGGUGGUGCUGGAGAAGGCUGAGGGCCUGGCACUCCUUUCUGGGGCGGGAGGCCUCACCGACAGACCCUGCUACAACAUGAAGGCCUCCAGACUCACCUACUAGAGACCAACAGGACGGACAGACACACAGACAGACCCUGCUACAACAUGAAGGCCUCCAGACUCACCUACUAGAGACCAACAGGACGGACAGACACAGACAGACCCUGCUACAACAUGAAGGCCUCCAGACUCACCUACUAGAGACCAACAGGAUGGACAGACACAGACAGACCCUGCUACAACAUGAAGGCCUCCAGACUCACCUACUAGAGACCAACAGGAUGGACAGACACAGACAGACCCUGCUACAACAUGAAGGCCUCCAGACUCACCUACUAGAGACCAACAGGACGGACAGACACACAGACAGACCCUGCUACAACAUGAAGGCCUCCAGACUCACCUACUAGAGACCAACAGGACGGACAGACACACAGACAGACCCUGCUACAACAUGAAGGCCUCCAGACUCACCUACUAGAGACCAACAGGACGGACAGACACACAGACAGACCCUGCUACAACAUGAAGGCCUCCAGACUCACCUACUGGAGACCAACAGGACGGACAGACAGACCCUGAUGUCCAUGUGGACCCUACUACAACAUGAAGGCCUCCAGACUCACCUACUGGAGACCAACAGGACGGACAGACAGACCCUGAUGUCCAUGUGGACCCUACUACAACAUGAAGGCCUCCAGACUCACCUACUGGAGACCAACAAGACAGACAGACAGACCCUGAUGUCCAUGUGGACCCUACUAUCUCUCUAUUGACCCUAAUAGCCACUAUCGUUAUUAGUCAAUUUCAUUGCAUUAUGAUCCGGUGUAGUUCUGCCAGCGUUAUUGGGGGUUUGUUUAAAAAUCCUGUUGUGUUAGCUAGGUAACGUGGUCGCCCUGCCUGUCCUUGCCUUGCUCCCUGCCAGUCUGUCCCCAUGCAGCGCUCGCUAACCGAUUACUCAUGCAUCAUGUCCUCAGUUAUAUACUGAAGAAUUUGGGCCUCCUUCCCUCUCUCCCCUCUUCUCUUCCCUCUGUCCCUCUCUCUCUCCUCCCUCUCUAGUUUGUGUUGUCGGGUUACAGUGGAACAUUGGCGUUGAGGGACAGUGACAUUCUUCCUAGAUGGCUUAACUUAUGUACUGUACAUGGAUCCCUUUGUACUGGGCAUUAGUCAUACAUGUACUGGGGACUUGUCUCCUGGAUGAUGAGGGGGUUGAGAAGAGUAGAGGCCAUUUGAACAGCUCUUCUGAUAUACAGCCAUGGCUCUUAUUAGUCCAACAUGAGCGGCUUAGUACAAUGUUGCGACACAGCUGACUUGCACACAGCAACAUGCAGUACUGCCGCUUGCUUAGUGGGCAUAGCAGGUGGCUGCCGAUGUUCCAACUGGCAUUCACACCCAUGCUGCAGACUGCACACACACACACACACACACUCAGUCAUACUCCCACACUUCAGUGAUAUUUCCAGUUUUUCCUUCAGUGGUUGCCCAUGUUAUCACACUACCCUGUUUAUUUGUUCUUAGGUGGAUGCCUGAUGGAGCUCUUAUCAGAGAUGUUGCUUUGUGCUGCUGAGGUUUGAUCAUCUAAGAGGGAGUGGGUGUGAGUGUUGUCUCUUGCCAAUUGGAAAGUUUUUGUUAGUUUCGUAGAACUGUUUAUGUGCUUAGUAAGCAAACAGAUGCUUCAAGUUUCAUCCGUAUUGUUAAGACAAUGUGUCUGUUUCUUAAAGAACUCUCUUCGUCAGUUGGAAGAUAACAGCCUUCUAACAGAUGCUAUGGUUAGCUAGCUCCACAGACACCGUCUGGAUUUCAAUCAAACACCCAAUGUGGAACAAUUCUUCAUUGCUCCUGCUCUAUGAAUUUAGUUUUAUUCUACAAUGUUUACUUGCUGAAACAAAACUCAUUUAGAUUAACAUGUAUUGGGUGCAGGGGCAAUAUUUAAAUGUUCUACAGUUUGGUUGAAUGUUUGUGUGUGAGGGGUUCUUUUCAAUGUAACAGUUAUUGGGUCUAAUAUUCAACUGACACUUUCAGCUGUGAAUGAAUUGAAUGGUUGACCGUUCCUAUAGAAUUCAGGUAUUAUUGAUUUAAGCAGAAUCUGCUAGGUUCACUUUAGGGGAAGUAUAUUCCCAGCUCUAGUAGGGGUUCCCCUAAAAUGAGCAUUUUAAACUGUUUCUGGAUCGCUUCACUUAAGAUACUUCCAUUUACUGUGAUUAGAUCAAAACCAAAUACAAACCUAGCCAGAAAAAUAGUAUGGUUCUCCACAAUAGAUUUAUCUAUCAUGAAUGUCCUA